UUUCUGUCGGAGGGCUGUGAUGCGGCUCCCUCUCGCCUGUGCCAGGCCGCCAUCUUGAAUUUUAAUGUUAAUUUCCAGAGAAAAACAACAAUAAUGUGUUUGCUGUGAUAUUUCUUCCUGGGUCUUGUAACGGAUCUGGAUUAGGACCGCUGUUUUGUUUCUCAAUCCGUAAUAUUGUUUCUAACCAGGCCGGUCUUCCCCACUCGAGCACCUUCAUCUGAGCGACUAAAUGAAACUGGAGCAGGGGGCUUGUGGGCAUGAAGUGGCUGGGCGAAUCCAAGAACAUGGUAUUAAAUGGCAGACGCCACGGGAACAAGUUGACCAGCAGUGAUCAACCGGUGAGCCAGACUCGCUCCCAGCAACCGCAGCGGACAUCGCUGCGCCACAGCAGGAGUCACCCGCGCAGCCGCAGAUGCAGCCGCAGGUGUAAUGGCGCCAGCCUGGAGGCGGAGCGGCGCUACGUGCCGUCGUCAGGGAUGACCGCCAAGGAGCUGUGUGAGAACGAUGACCUGACCACCAGCCUCAUCCUGGACCCCUACCUGGGCUUCCAGACACACAAGAUGAACACCAGAUUCCGGCCAAUCAAAGGACGGCAGGAGGAGCUGAAGGAAAUCAUCGAGCGCUUUAAGAAACACGACAACAUGGAGAAGGCCUACAAGGCGCUGACGACGGGAGACUGGUGCCGGAACCUGUUCCUGCACAAGUCCAAGGCUCAGGAGAAGCUCUUCAAGCAGCACGUGUUUGUCUACCUGCGGAUAUUCACGGCAGACAGCGGCUUCGAGAUUCUGCCCUGUAAUCGCUAUUCAUCGGAGCAGAACGGAGCCAAAAUCGUGGCUACGAAGGAAUGGAAGAGGAACGAUAAGAUCGAGUUCCUGGUGGGCUGCAUCGCCGAGCUGUCGGAGAGCGAGGAGAACAUGCUGCUGCGCCACGGAGAGAACGACUUCAGCGUCAUGUACUCCACCAGGAAGAACUGCGCCCAGCUGUGGCUCGGCCCGGCCGCCUUCAUCAACCACGACUGCCGGCCGAACUGUAAGUUUGUGUCGACGGGCCGAGACACGGCCUGCGUCAAGGUCCUGAGGGACAUCGAGCCCGGGGAGGAGAUCUCCUGUUACUAUGGAGACGGCUUCUUUGGGGAAAGCAAUGAGUUUUGUGAAUGUUAUACGUGUGAAAGACGGGGAACCGGUGCUUUCAAAUCCAAAGCUGGGCUGCCGGUGGAGGUUCCGGUCAUCAACAGCAAGUACGGGCUGCGGGAGACGGACAAGCGGCUCAACCGGCUGAAGAAACUCGGAGAAGGGAACAGGAGCUCGGACAGCCACUCUGUGGGAUCCCACACCGACGUCGACUCUCAGGAAAUGCCAAAAACACAUCAAUCUGCCAGAACCAGAACUUCAUCUUCAUCGUCUUCAUCACCGGGCCUGAAGUACCGGACCCGGACCCCGAGCAGACAGACUGUGUCCCGAGCCGUCUCUACCUCAUGUUCCAAACCGGCUCCAGGAAACAGCAGCAGGGAACCAAAGAGACUUCGCUCCCAGUCCAAGCCUCCCAGCAAGGUGCGGCUGCGCAGCCGCAGGCGGACAACGGCGGCGGCCCGCGCAGACGCCGCCCCGCUGGGCCUCAGGGACUCCAAGGUGUUGCCGUGUAAGAGCGUCGUCACCGUGAAGAAGGAGAAGGACGGUCCGGAGGUGGCACCGCUUGGCCCGAGGGGCUGCCUGACCCGACAUGCCGCCAAAGAGAACGGCGGCCUUCCCGAAGGUGGCUGCGGCUCCGCCUACAGGACUCGCAGGUCCACGCGGACCCUGAAGGCCCCGGAGCCCAUGCCAGGUGCCAAGCUGGAGCCCGGCGCUAUGGACGGGCUCAGCCCGGUACCGGGCGGCGUGGUCAUCAAAACGGAGCCGGCGGACAUGGACGAGUACCUGCAGCACGGCGGCGGCGUGACGCAGCCGCCGGUGCUAGGCGGCGGCUACGGCCGGAGGAGCUCGUGUUCGGGCCGGAAGCGACCGUCCCGACUCCGGACUGAGCGGACCAUCAAAUGCGAAGGCUCUGACUGCGAGCCGUUUGCUGCGGGGCGUGAUGGCGGGAACGUGCUGCUGAGCUUCGCCGACAGACACCGGGACUACAACGGCGUGGCCAACGGCAGCAAAUCCCUCCGCCGCGAUAAGAGCAAGAGCAGCUGCCGCUCGCAGGACAAGGCCAAGAAGAAGCGGCGCAUCACGCGCUACGACGCGCAGCUAAUUCUGGAGAACAGCGGCGGCAUUCCCAAGCUGACGCUCCGCCGGCGGAGGGACAGCAGCAGCAGCAAGACGGCUGACGGCGCCGAUGCCGUGGCCUCAUCCACGCUCAGCCCCACUUCCUCUAGCAAGAUCAGCAUCAAGUUCAGCAAGGAGCACGACAAGGACAAGGCCGGCUCCUACAUCGCCAAGCUCAACAACGGCUUUGCGCCCGUCGUCCAUGGCAACGCCACCAAGCUGAAAAUCCAGCUGAGGAAGGAGGACGACGCCCGGCGGCUCCAGGCCAACGGGGACGCAGCCGGCGGCGGCCAUCGCACCCAGAAGGUCCUGGCCGACCCUUCCUCUGACGAGGACGAUGAGGAGGAGGAGGAGGAGGAGGAGGAAGAUGACGACUACUUCCACAACGACUUUGAGGAUGACUUCAUUCCACUUCCUCCGGCGAAGCGUCUGCGGUUGAUCGUGGGGAAAGACUCCAUCGACAUCGAUAUCUCCUCCAGGAGGAGGGAGGACCAGUCUCUGCGACUCAACGCCUGAAGCUUCUGUAAAUACCGCCGUCGCUGACGAUGGACAGGAAGUGACGUGGAACUCGGAUCAUCCCGGAGCGGCCCGGGUGCUGUUGACCCGCGGCAAAGCUCUGCUCUCCGCUGAACUUCCAGUCGGACCGGAUCCGGUCCAGGAUCCGGCCGAGUCUCCAGUGGAAACGGGCUUUGUUUUGAGUUGUACUGUUCCUUUAAGAGAAUGCACUUGUUGUUUCAUCAUGGACGUGUAGAAAGUGUACAGAUCAUGGCUUCUGUCUCCAGGCAGGUUUUUACUCUGUGUCUGCGCUCAGAGCCGUUUAUCCAGAGGCAUUAGAACCGCUCCGCCGCCAGGUCCGCUUCCGGUUCUGCUGCCGGCUUUGCUGGGCGUCCACCAAUCGGCAGCCAGAACGCCACAGCCAAUCAUGUUCCUGAAUGAAUCACAGCGUUAGGGCAGGCUGAGUCCAAACAGAGCUGCUGAUUCUUCCUGAUUUCUGGAAUACCAUCAUAAAAAACCGUCCGGAUCUUCAGGAAAACGUCACAAUAAGCUAAUAU